UUCAUAUCUCCAGGAGACAUUAUUCACGCCUCUGCUCUUUUCAUGGAAGUUUAUUUAUUCGAUUAACAUCUCUACACCCGCUACAUUGUUAACUGCAAGUCAGCAGCGUGGUUUAAGGCAUGUCUCAGGACAGUCAACACGGCAAGUGGAGCGUAUCCAGCAGCGAGGACGACGACGAUGAGCUUCUUCUGUCAGGGACAUCAUCCAAGCCCCCUCAAUUGACCGUGUCCAAUCACAGCUCGCACUCUUCUUCCGUCAUAGACAUCGCCUCCGUAGAUGAGAAACCGGAAUGGUCUCCGGUUCCUAUGCUCGUAGUCGGUUCUGAGGCCAGACAGCAGGCUGCAAAGAACCAGAAAAACCCUGUCAAAUAUGAAUCCUCUCCAUCUUUAGCCGGGAAGAGGAAGAUGGACGUAGCAGAUGGGUCCGGUUGGGCGCUCUCUGACAGCGAUGAUGAUGAAGAUGCAAAGAAGAAGAGUAACCCACCACCAGCGACGAAGGCUCCCAGUCCCAAACGCCAGAAGGUGGCAAACGUACGCCCUCCCAGCCCCCAUGGACGUGUCUACUACAUUGACGAGCCCGAUGACUUCUUUGAGUCCAGCGUUCCCUGUCUGGAUGACGUGUUCAGGUUCUACCUCAACAAGGUGACGGGCCUGGACAGGAAGUACAACAGCGGAGCGCUGCAUGUCAGAGACAUCCUCUCACCAUUAUUUGGCACUUUAAAAGAAUCCGUUCAGUUUAAUUACUGCUUUGACAUCGCCUGGAUGGUUCAACAGUAUCCCCCAGAGUUCAGGGAUCGUCCCAUCCUGAUUGUCCACGGAGACAAGCGGGAGGCCAAGGCUCGGCUGAUGCAGCAGGCUCAGCCCUUUUCUCAUGUUCGCUUCUGCCAGGCCAAACUGGACAUCGCUUUUGGAACACACCACACGAAGAUGAUGCUGCUGUGGUAUGAGGAGGGCUUCCGAGUCAUCAUCCUAACCUCCAACCUCAUCCGAGCCGACUGGUAUCAGAAGACACAGGGGAUGUGGAUGAGUCCUCUAUUUCCACGGUUACCAAAAGGCAGCAGCGACACCUGCGGCGAGUCACCCACCUUUUUCAAGAGGGACCUGCUUGAAUAUUUGGCAUCUUAUCGGGCGCCCGAGCUGGAUGAGUGGAUUCAGCGGAUCCAAGAGCACGACCUCUCGGAGACCAGGGUGUAUCUGGUAGGCUCCACUCCUGGCAGAUAUGUAGGACCAGACAUGGAGCGCUGGGGCCACCUGAGGCUCAGGAAGCUGCUGUACGAGCACACCAACGGCGUCCCCGACGAGGACCAGUGGCCAGUGGUGGGCCAGUUCUCCAGCAUCGGCUCCAUGGGGGUGGAUAAGACAAAGUGGCUGGCAGGAGAAUUCCAGCGCACCCUUACCACGCUGGGAAAGGGGUCUCUUCGGCCCAACCCCCCUGUUCACUUGUUGUACCCAUCAGUGGAAGAUGUCAGGAUGAGUUUAGAAGGUUAUCCUGCUGGUGGCUCUCUUCCCUACAGCAUCCAGACAGCGCAGAAGCAACUCUGGCUGCACUCCUACUUCCACCGAUGGCAAGCAGAUGCAACUGGUCGGACUCAUGCCAUGCCCCACAUCAAGACUUACACGAGGGCGUCACCGGAUUUCACUGAGCUAGCCUGGUUCCUCGUCACGAGUGCCAACCUGUCCAAAGCAGCGUGGGGGGCUUCGGAGAAGAAGAACACACAGGUGAUGAUUCGAUCCUAUGAGCUCGGCGUCCUCUACAUGCCCUCAGCCUUUAACAUGAAGACAUUCCCAGUGAGGAAAAACCCAUUUCCCGUCUCAUCGUCGUCCUCCGGUUUCCUAGUGCCAUUUGACCUACCCCCAACGUGCUACACACCUAAAGAUGAACCUUGGAUCUGGAACAUUCCGUAUAGCCAGGCUCCAGACACACACGGCAACAUUUGGGUUCCCUCCUAAAAAGUGCACACUUAGAAUUUGUAAUUAUUAUUAUUGUGCUUAUAACUGUCACAUUUGUCUUUUUUAUGCCAUUUUCAUAUUUUUUUUUACAGUAGAGACAAUAAAAUAUCGCGUUAGCUUGUUACAUGACAUCUGCCUUGAUUUGGUGCUUACCUAUAUACAGAAACAUAUCAGUAGUGAACAUUUAUAAUAAUCAGAU